UUGUUUUCAACUGUCAAAGUGACGCACGAAAUGCCACAGAUUUUUUUCUUUUCUCGAUAAAAGAAAAUUGAGUGCGUUGAACAAGAAAGGUGUGGUUGAAAAACGUAAAUUUUACUAUUAGAUUAAUGCGUUAGCUUGUAAAACUUGUUAAAAAUCGUUCGAAAAGUGUUAAUAUUAUAUAUUAGAGCAUCAGCAUAAUGGCAGGACGUCUACCGGCUUGUGUGAUCGAUGUUGGCACAGGCUAUACAAAAUUGGGCUAUGCGGGCAACAAGGAACCACAAUUCAUCAUUCCCUCAGCAAUUGCCAUUAAGGAGACGGCACGAGUGGGUGACACCAAUACGCGACGUAUUACAAAAGGUGUCGAAGAUUUGGAUUUCUUUAUUGGCGAUGAAGCAUUCGAUGCUACUGGCUAUUCGGUGAAGUACCCGGUACGUCAUGGAUUGGUGGAAGACUGGGACUUGAUGGAACGUUUUCUUGAGCAGUGUAUUUUUAAGUAUCUGCGCGCCGAACCCGAAGACCAUCACUUCCUUCUAACUGAACCGCCACUGAAUACGCCAGAAAAUCGCGAAUAUACCGCUGAGAUUAUGUUUGAAACAUUUAAUGUUCCUGGUCUCUACAUAGCUGUGCAGGCUGUGCUUGCCUUGGCCGCCAGUUGGGCUGCCAGACCGGUGGAAGGCCGCACACUAACAGGCAUUGUUGUAGAUAGCGGCGAUGGUGUAACACACGUUAUACCCGUGGCCGAAGGCUACGUAAUUGGAUCUUGCAUCAAACAUAUACCCAUUGCCGGCCGCAAUAUAACCUCAUUCAUACAAAGUUUAUUGCGUGAACGUGAAGUUGGCAUACCGCCAGAGCAAAGUUUAGAAACUGCCAAAGCAAUCAAAGAGAAGCACUGCUAUAUUUGUCCAGACAUCGCCAAAGAAUUUGCCAAAUAUGACACGGAGCCGGGCAAAUGGAUACGCAACUAUACAGGUACUAAUGCGGUGACCAAGCAACCAUUCAGUGUUGAUGUAGGCUACGAACGCUUCUUAGGACCUGAGAUUUUCUUCCAUCCUGAAUUUUCAAACCCCGAUUUCACCAUUCCACUAUCGGAAAUCGUAGACAACGUAAUACAGAAUUGUCCGAUUGAUGUACGACGACCUCUUUACAAUAAUAUAGUUUUGAGUGGCGGUUCGACUAUGUUUAAAGAUUUCGGUCGUCGUUUGCAACGUGACAUCAAACGAUCAGUUGAUACUCGUCUACGGAUCAGCGAAAACUUAUCAGAAGGCCGCAUUAAGCCAAAACCAAUUGAUGUACAAGUCAUUACACAUCAUAUGCAGCGAUAUGCCGUGUGGUUUGGAGGCAGCAUGUUGGCAUCCACGCCUGAGUUUUAUCAAGUGUGCCACACAAAGGCCGCCUAUGAGGAAUAUGGACCGGGAAUUUGUCGCCACAAUCCUGUUUUUGGCACCAUGACAUAAUCAUAUACCACCACACUGUGCACACAGAAUUGUUUUUCACCUCUACCUAUCACUCAAUUUCAAUUCCUUUUAAAUUUUGUUGUAUGCAAUAGUAGAAAUAGUUCAAGUCAUGUGCGGAAACAGAUAUCAAACAAAAACAGAUACAAGAUGGCGUAACGCACACAUAACUUUUGUUGAAAGACGCUUGUUUUCUUAAUAUGUAUAACAAAAUUUACCUAUGUUAAGCUGCUAAGUUAUAAUGUCAGUCGUUUUAUGUUAUAUUUAAAGUCAAUAACUAAUGAUAAAUUUGCAUUUUUUUUUUUUGGUAUUAUAAUUAAAGAGUCUUAUUAUGCUUAUUAUAGCGGCAAAGAAGUAAUUAUUUUAAUGUUGUCAACGCUUUUAUUGCAGGGUUGGCAUUUUUAUACACACAUAUACCAUACAACCAUAUGUAGGCAUUUACGAUGCAAAGCUUGUUGUAAGUGAUGCAGUAGUGAGUGAUAGCAAAUUUUCACUGAGGUAUAACAUAAUAUAAGUAUGUAUUCUAAUUGUUUUUUGUAACAUUAUCAACCGAUUGCAUUACUUAUGCAAACUCUAUUUACGCGCUUCUAAUAUACUAUAUCUCUAUUAUUAAUGUAAAUUUCUUUUUUAUGUUCAGUAAUUAAAGUGAGACAGUAUAGCAAAAAAGUAUAUACCUAACUAUUUAACAUUUUGGCCAAUUACAAUUAAAUUGAAACGAUGAAUAAAACGUGCGAUUGCACAGAAAAAUUAUUGUGCGGAGAAUGUGAUUCUUUAUGAGAAUUCAAUAAAAUCAAUGUGAAUAUAAUUAAAAAACAA